UUCCCGCCAUCCUGCCUCCACACCGCUGGUGGCUGCUUCGGCCAAGUGGACUCCAGCUUCGCAGGCAGCGAUUUCGCUCGUUCCCGGUUCCGCCGUCGGACGAGCUCUCCGCCCACCGCCAGCAUGAACAUCCGCAAUGCUCGGCCGGAGGACCUGAUGAACAUGCAGCACUGCAACCUGCUCUGCCUUCCCGAGAACUACCAGAUGAAAUACUAUUUCUACCAUGGCCUUUCCUGGCCCCAGCUCUCCUACAUCGCCGAGGACGAGGACGGGAAGAUCGUGGGCUACGUCCUGGCCAAAAUGGAGGAGGAUCCCGAUGAUGUCCCGCAUGGCCAUAUCACCUCGCUGGCGGUGAAGCGUUCACACCGGCGUCUUGGCCUGGCUCAGAAGCUGAUGGACCAGGCCUCCCGGGCCAUGAUAGAGAACUUCAGUGCCAAAUAUGUGUCCCUGCAUGUCAGGAAGAGUAACCGGGCAGCCCUGCACCUCUAUUCUAACACCCUUAACUUUCAGGUUAGUGAGGUGGAACCCAAAUACUACGCAGACGGGGAAGAUGCCUAUGCUAUGAAGCGGGAUCUCUCAGAGAUGGCAGAUGAGCUGAGACGGAAGUUUGAGCUGAAGGAUCAGGGCAGGUAUGAGGUGUUGGGCUCCAGGGAGAACCAGGAGACCCCAGGCAGCAGGCUCCCUGGUUCCAAAGACGUAUGUCAGCGGGAGAAUCCGGCUGUGGACCAAGUGGACUCCAGCUUCGCAGGCAGCGAUUUCGCUCGUUCCCGG